UAGGAGAAGUCGGGAAGGUGGCGGCGGCGACGGCGGCGGCGGUGGUGGUGGCGGUUGUCCCGGCCGGCCGGUUGGUGUGACCGGUCGGCGCGCGCUGCGCAGCGUCCGCGCUUCGUCCAGCCGGGCGGAACCGAGCGGAGGGCCGAGGCCGGAGCCCGCGCGGGCGGAGGAGGGCGCAGGCGGCGGCCAGGGCGGCCCGUGGGAGGGAGCGCGGGGCCCCGGCAUUGCCGCCGGCUCCCGGCCCUGCCGGCCUCGUCGGUCGGAGCCGCGGCCAUGGCGGCCAGCGCGAAGCGGAAGCAGGAGGAGAAGCACCUGAAGAUGCUGCGGGACAUGACGGGGCUGCCGCACAACCGCAAGUGCUUCGACUGCGACCAGCGCGGCCCCACCUACGUGAACAUGACGGUCGGCUCGUUCGUGUGCACCUCCUGCUCGGGCAGCCUGAGAGGAUUAAAUCCACCUCACAGGGUGAAAUCUAUCUCCAUGACAACAUUUACACAACAGGAAAUUGAAUUCCUGCAAAAACAUGGAAAUGAAGUCUGUAAACAGAUUUGGCUGGGAUUAUUUGAUGAUAGAUCUUCAGCAAUUCCCGACUUCAGGGAUCCACAAAAAGUGAAAGAGUUUCUACAAGAGAAAUACGAAAAGAAAAGAUGGUAUGUUCCACCAGAGCAAGCCAAAGUGGUGGCGUCGGUUCACGCAUCCAUUUCCGGGUCUUCUGCCAGCAGCACAAGCAGCACGCCCGAGGUUAAGGCCCUGAGAUCUCUGCUGGGAGAUUCUGCGCCAGCACUGCACUUAAAUAAGGGCACACCUAGCCAGUCCCCAGUUGUAGGUCGCUCUCAAGGGCAGCAACAGGAAAAGAAGCAGUUUGACCUUUUGGGUGAUCUUGGCUCAGACAUCUUUGCUGCUCCAGCUCCUCAGUCAACAGCUACAGCCAAUUUUGCUAAUUUUGCACAUUUUAACAGUCAUGCAGCUCAGAAUUCUGCAAAUGCAGAUUUUGCAGACUUUGGCGCAUUUGGACAGUCUAGUGGUUCGAGUAAUUCUGGAGGUUUCCCCACAGCAACUCACUCUCCUUUUCAGCCCCAAACCACAGGUGGAAGUGCUGGAUCAGUAAAUGCUAAUUUUGCUCAUUUUGAUAACUUCCCCAAAUCCUCCAGUGCUGAUUUUGGAACCUUCAGUACAUCCCAGAGUCAUCAGACAGCAUCAACUGUUAGUAAAGUUUCAACAAACAAAGCUGGUUUACAGACAGCAGACAAAUAUGCGGCACUUGCUAAUUUAGACAAUAUCUUCAGUGCUGGGCAAGGAGGUGAUCAAGGGAGUGGUUUUGGGACCACGGGUAAAGCUCCUGUUGGUUCUGUGGUUUCAGUUCCCAGUCAGUCAAGUGCAUCUUCAGACAAGUACGCAGCACUAGCAGAGUUAGACAGCGUGUUCAGUUCUGCAGCCACCUCCAGUAACGCUUACACGUCCACAAGUAACGCUAGCAGCAGUGUUUUUGGAACCGUGCCUGUGGGUGCUUCUGCUCAGACACAACCUGCUUCAAGUGGGCCUGCUCCAUUUGGGGCUACGCCUUCUACGAAUCCAUUUGUUGCUGCUACUGGUCCUUCUGCGGCAUCGUCUACAAACCCAUUUCAGACCAAUGCCAGAGGAGCAACAGGCCUUUCUGGAGCAAUGCAUUCUCAAGUGUUCCCUCACGCUCAUUUUGCGGCUACCUUUGGCACCGCAUCCAUGAGUAUGCCAGCAGGAUUUGGCACUCCUGCCCAGUACAGUCUCCCCACCAGCUUUAGUGGCAGUUUCCAACAGCCCGCCUUCCCAGCCCAAGCAGCUUUCCCUCAGCAGCCAGCUUUCUCUCAGCAGCCCAAUGGUGCAGGUUUCGCAACAUUCGGACAGACAAAACCUGUGGUAACCCCUUUUGGUCAAGUUGCAGCUGCUGGAGUGUCUAGUAAUCCUUUUAUGACUGGUGCACCAACAGGACAAUUUCCAACAGGAAGCUCAUCAACCAAUCCUUUCUUAUAGCCUUAUAUAGACACUGUACUGGAACGAACUUUUAUGUGAUCAUAUUACAUCUCUCCGCCUCUUGCCCUGUUGUCUUGUUUCACUGAUCUUAGCUUUAAACACGAGAGAAGUCUUUCAAAAGCCUGCAUUGUGUAUUAAACACCAGGUAAUACGUGCAAAACAGAGGGCUCAGCAACAACUUUUCACUUGUGAAUUGGCAGGAAAAGGUAGCGGCAUCAUGUAUGUUAAAAAUUGGCUAAUAUUAAGUUAUUGCAGAUCCCACAUUCAUUAUGCUGCAGUACUGUACAUACUUUUCUUAGAAAUUAGCUAUUUGUGCAUAUCAGUAUUUGUAACUUUAACACAUUGUUAUGUGAGAAAUGUUACUGAGGAAAUAGAUCAGCCACUUUUAAGGUGCUGUCAUAUAUCUUGGAAUGAAUGACUAAAAUCAUUUGAAGCAUCGCUUCUGAAAAGUUCAAAGUCAAAAUUGGAAGGUUUUAUUCAUUCUUGAAUUUUUCCUUCUGAAGAGCUCUUCUAUUUAUACACGGCUAAAUUCUUUAAAGAUGUGGAGGACACCUGUCUGCAGAAUAAAGCUGAUCAUGUUUUGCUACAGUUUGCAGGUGAACAAAAUAAAUAUUAGAAAAUAUGCUAUUGUUUUUGUGUUCUUGCUGCAAUGCCUUUACCAAAGUGGCCUUAAAUAAUGAGUAGCGAGUUGAGAACAUCUUGAAUUCUUAAAGACUUCUAGUGACUAACUUUUUUUAAAAGGCCAUUUAGAAAAUUUAUUAAAACUACUAGGACUGCUAUAUUCAGGACUGCAACAGUAGAAAAGCAUUUAAAUGUAGCUUGUCAGAUUCACCAUGCUACUUCUGAUUUCUCUGCAACUUCUUAAUUUUGUGAAAUUUGUAAAUAUGGAGAAUUUGCAUGUAUGUGUAUUUACAAAUAUUUUUAAAGAUCUUGAAUUCUCAGACUGCAAAAGGCCUAUUUUAACUAUUUUUUUUCUGUUCUCCAUUUUAAUUGUCGUUGAAUGUAUUGGAAGCAGACAUGCAUUGACUGUGACAUGAUGGCACCUGAGUUCCUCUCCUGCUUCCCCCGUUUUCUAGACGGACUGAUAACCAUCUAUAGAACAUAUGUUUGUUUGUUUGAUUCUAGACAGACUGAUAACUAUCUAUAGAACAUAUGUUUGUUUGUUUGGGGGAAAGCAACAGGAACCCAAUGUUACCUUAAAGUGAUGAAAUACUUUGUGUAAAAAGAUAGCAAUACUAAGUUUAGUUUAUCUUUUUGUUACUAUUCAAAUGAACUUGCUUAAUUAUUUAUAUGUAGUAAUGCCUCGUUCAUCCCAAGAUAAUCUGGCCCUCUCAUCAAAACGAAACACAACUAAGAGAACUGAAAUCAUUAAAAAAAAUGCUUUGAAAACACCCCUAAGUCAUGAUUCUGUAUGUAGAACAUACAUGUUUCUUUGAAUGUGAAAGUUUAAUAAUUUGAUGUACUGGCCCAUAGCAUAUUUGUGUUGAUGAAAGGAAGGAGUCCAAAGCGAGGAUGGAGAGCAUGCACUGCCAAAGUCUGUAGGGACAGCCAUCCAGAGGACAGCGAUAUUAGUACAACUGGUAAUGACUGUGCCAUCCAAAAAGCUAAAGUUGCAUACACGCAGUAUGUAAUGCCUGUAGCAAAGUUUUAGGUGAUGUAAGCAUCAGUCUGCUCAGACAUUUUAUUCAUAUUGGAUGCAUUUGCAGUGGUGGCUGUUGCUGUCAUGCUUAAGUCUGGGGUUUACUUGGGCUGCAGUCUGCUGCUCUCCUUACCAGGUGUGAUUUAUAUGUAGUUGACAAAUGACAUGCCCGAGUCUCAGACCUUUCUGAGCACCCUGCCCCUGAGACUCCUGUUACCACUGCUCAGGCUCAGCUACACUUUGGGCAUAGUCUUGAGUUCUUUGUACAUUUGGGGUCUUCAUCUAUUUUUAUGGAAGGAGAAUUUGAAUGUCUUUAACUGUUUGAGAUUGUAUUAGAGUCAAAUCAAUUCAUAUGUACAAAAGUUAGACUAUAUAAUUGUAGGCCAUUACACAGACAGCCCAUCAGGCUUCCCAUCUAUUAAGUAAAUUAAACAGUUGUUACCAAAAUAGUUUUAAAGGCUAUUUUUUUCUAGUAGAUCUUGAGAUUUGUAAUUAAAUGGGGAACCUGUAUUACUGACUUUUAGUGAGUGCUCAUAAACAAAAUAUAAAAACUUAGAUUCAGAAUAGCUCCAGUGUUAAAGUGGUUUCUCUCAUCAUCUUUCUCUUAAAAAUCUUUUAGAUUUAACUUUGUUUUGCUUCUAGUUUAGUUACUGUCUUGAGCAUGUGAAGGACAGUGCUCAGAGUGACGGGGCCAAGGAUCUUCAUCCUUCUGCUUGAAACACGUUUCCUGUUCUGUCUUUGAUCAGAAAUGAAUUUGUCUUUUAGGGUGGCAAAAACUGUGUUUAAAAACGUUUUUAUGACACAGGGAAUGUUUUAUUUUAGAUUCUUUUGAAAAUAGAGGACAGGUUGUCAUUUUCUUCCAUAAAAUAAUUUGUUUUGUAAAUAGGACACCCCUUAUAUGGGAGAUGCUUUGUUAGUAGUCGUUCUUGCCAGUCGCAAAGUUGGGAGCAUUUCUGAAACAUGUUUUAUGUUUAUAGUUUUUAUAACUAUUAAGAUCCCCCAAAGAGCUUUUGUUUAUGAAACUUGAAUUUUUCAUGAGUUAUAUUGCAAAUCAGUACAGAGGAAUUUCUAAAACGUAACUUUUAAAUAUAGUUGUAACAGUCCUGUUACUUGUGAACCUAGAUAUUUGGUGUCAGAUAGCGUUUCCAAAGUGAAAACAAACACUAUUUGUUCUGCCACCUUUUCAGUGUCAGGCUCAGUAGAACCUGAGAUCCUCAUGCCGCUUAUAUUCAGACUCGCUGUCUCACAGCAGAAAAGAACUGGAAGCUGCGCUGUGCAUGUGGAAUCCAGGUGGUGAGAAAGGCGCACACCAUCUUAGAACUAGAGCAAAAGCAGUGAGACCUGGGGCAGCUCUUCUCAGGGCCCCAGAUAACAUUUUGAGAACACAGCACUUUAAUGUAUGUUUCUGGUAUAUUUACCUGUGAUGAGACCUUGCCCCAUCUGAGCUUUAAGGGGUUGCUUGGGAAAAAGUGAAAUUCCAGUUGAAAUCUUAAACUUUUUAACAUUAUUAGCUACUUUAAAUAGUGGUGAUAUUGUGGGUGUGGAGUUUUUAACACCCUUUCAUAUAUCAGGGACUCACUGAGUAGUUUUCUUCUCUCAGCUCAUGUAAUGGAAUCUACAAGACAGAACAGGUAAGCUAGUUACAACUCUUAUUUUUGGGAGAAAGUACUGUUGGAUUAAAUUGUGCUUUCUUAUUUAGAUGUGGCUAGGUUCUCUUUAUUUUGAAAUUUAAGUUACUUCCUGUAUUUCUCAAAGUGUUUAAAUCAUUUAACAUGAAUUUUUUUAUACUUUGAUAAACUAAGUACCAUUUGCUCUGUAGA